AUGGAGGGUGGUGGUGGUGGUGGUGGAGGUACUUCAUGUUUGAUGAGUUUUGGAGACAACAGUAGCAGUAAUAGUAAUAAUAACAACAUUGGGUCGCUGUGUCUUCCUCCACCUCCUGUUGCAUACAGCAACAAUAACCUAAUUUACUCCGAUCAUCAUCAUCAUCAUCAUAGCAAUUGUGGGACUUCAGCUUCUGCUUUGAUGCUUCAAGACAACAACAACAUUAAUAUCAACGAUGGAGGAGGAGGGUUGGGGUUCAUGACCUCCUCCUCCUGUUCUUCUAUUCGAGCAAAGAUCAUGUCUCAUCCUCAUUACCCUCGUCUCUUAUCAGCUUAUCUUAACUGUCAAAAGAUAGGAGCACCACCUGAAGUCGUCGGAAGACUAGAGGAAGCUUGUAGAGCGUCGGUGGUGGCCGCAAUGUCCAGUUGUUCCGCCUCCGCUGGUUGCGAGGCUGGUACGAGUGAUGGCGGCGGGGGUGGUGGCGGUGGUGGAAUGAAUAUGAUGAUCAUCGGACAAGAUCCAGCACUCGAUCAGUUCAUGGAAGCUUACUGUGAGAUGCUCAUUAAAUAUGAACAAGAACUCUCGAAACCCUUUAAAGAAGCCAUGCUUUUUCUCUCAAGAGUCGAGUCCCAGUUCAAGGCCAUCUCCAUUUCUACCUCAGCUUCUGGUGGUGGUGAAGGAGGUACGGAGAAAAAUGGAUCAUCCGAAGAAGAGGUGGAUGUAAAUAACAAUCUCAUAGAUCCUCAAGCUGAGGAUAGGGAGUUAAAAGGUCAAUUGUUGCGCAAGUAUAGCGGGUAUUUAGGUAGUCUCAAACAAGAGUUCAUGAAGAAGAGAAAGAAAGGAAAGUUGCCCAAGGAGGCUCGUCAACAGUUACUCGACUGGUGGACUAGGCAUUAUAAAUGGCCAUACCCUUCGGAGGCUCAGAAGUUGGCACUGGCCGAGUCAACCGGACUAGAUCAGAAGCAGAUAAACAACUGGUUCAUAAAUCAAAGGAAGCGACACUGGAAGCCGUCUGAAGACAUGCAGUUUGUGGUAAUGGACGCUGCUCAUCCUCCCUAUUUCAUGGAGAACAUCCUCGGGAAUCCUUAUCCCAUGGACGUUUCGCUUCUCUAG